UGGGGUCAUUCAUGCUGCGCAGAGCCACAAACAAUAUCUUGCGUGUCUGUUAUUUUUCAUUUCUGCAUUUCUCUCAUCCCUGAUUCUGAAACAGUCAAGUAAUUAAAAUGGCUGAUGACGGGAAAUCAAACAAACCUUUUAAACAAAGAAAGAGUUUUGCAAGCAGACGAGAUGAAGUGGCUGGAAUUCGAGCCAAGUUUCCCUCAAAAAUACCUGUUAUCGUUGAACGUUAUCACAAAGAAAAAGCACUACCCAUGUUAGACAAAACUAAAUUUCUGGUUCCACAAGAAUUAACGAUGAGUCAAUUUGUUACUAUCAUCAGAAAUCGCAUGUCAUUAGCACCUACGCAAUCCUUUUAUUUGAUCGUCAACAACAAAAGUUUGGCUAGCAUGUCAACUACUUUACAGGAAGUAUACAAGGACGAAAAAGACGAAGAUGGAUUUUUGUACAUGACAUAUGCUUCACAAGAAAUGUUCGGACACUAAACAAACUUUAUUUCUAAGUUAUAUUAUGGACAUUUAGCAAGAUGUACUGCUUCAAAAAUUUUUUAUACAAGUAGAUAAAUUUUUUGCCCAAUUUGAACAUUAAGAGAAACUCCUGAGAAAGUUUUUCGCCAGGCGUAUUUAUUUACAAACCAAAUGUUUUAUCCGCUGAUCUUUUUGGAUCUUCAUUUUCUCUGCCCAACGUGUUUUAUUACGUUUGUUGCUCCUAAAAAAGUAUGCAUGCUUUAUUAUUUUACAAACAAAACAUGCACAUCGCUCGUGUUUCGACUUGUUUAUAGAUAUAUUUUUCGUGGGAUUUUUUUAUAUAUUAUUGCAUGGAAUAUGUGUAAUGAAAUACAAUACUUUUUCAUCUUUGAAAUUAAAAAGUACUCGUUAUUUCAAUGUGCAUUGCUUUCUUUAAGAUGGUAAACAAAAUUUCGAGAUAUAUGUAAUUCUUUUUUUUUAAAUAAACUUUUACAAUGGGAA